AUGCCACCUUUGGAGCUCCCGCCUCGCGUGACUGUUUGGAGCAGCAACGGGCGUUUCGUUCCGUUGCUCUGGUGGAGCAGCAUUCCCGCGCAAUGUGCUGAGACGGACAAGAACUUGGAGAUGUCUGGGCAGAUGCACCAGGCUCGUUGA